AUGGAAUAUUAUAGAGACAGAACCGUGGCGAACCUUGCAUGGGCAUCUUCAAACAGAUGGCAGGCUGUUUGGGAAUCAGUUUCUACUCCUGUUUCUUCUGAUUGGAAGAGAAACGUUGAAAAUUGGGAAAAUUUGUAUCACCUUUGGAGAAUGGAUUGGGAUGAAGACUCCAUUAAACUGUAUUUAGACGGAGAGUUAUGUACCAUUGUGUCUCUUUCGAGAACUAUAAAUCAAGGUCAAUGGAAACUUGUUAGUAAUCCUUUCAAAUAUCCACAUUAUUUGAUUGUAAAUCUUGCUCUUGGAGCAGAUUCAGGAGGAGACAUUGAUGAUAGUGCAUUUCCAAUUCGUUAUUGCAUUGAUUACAUUAGAAUUUAUCAACAAGGAAGAUAUUUAUCUAAUUGA